AGGGUCCUGUGGGAAAAGAUCAUCCAAUAGCCUUUGCUUCUAGAACUUUGUCAAAAAGCGAAGAAAAUUAUUCCACUAUUGAGAAGGAACUUUUGGCUAUCGAUUGGGCAUGUAAACAUUUUCGUCCAUAUUUGUUUGGCCGUAGAUUCAUUCUUUAUACUGACCACAAACCUUUAACUUUUGCUUUAAAUCUAAAAGAUCCCCAUAACAAAUUACUACGUUGGAAGCUUCGUUUAGAAGAAUUUGACUAUGAAAUCCGUCAUAGACCAGGAAAGCAAAAUGUAGUUGCCGAUGAACUAUCGCGGAUAAACAGUGAUAUAAAUUACAACGAACAGUUUGAUGAAUCCUCGGAUGACAAUUCAACCCAUUCUACAGACGCUGACGAUAGUGAUCUUAUCAAAAUUACAAAACUUCCACUAAAUUAUUUCAAAAACCAGAUAGUUCUAAAAAUUGGACAACAAGAGGAUAACGUAUCUGAGCUAAUUUUUCCAGGAGUCUAUAGAACAACGAUUUCACGGCCGGACUACGAUUCCAGAACUGCUAUCACGAUUUUUCAUGAAUACAUGCACCAUAAAAAAAAAACAGGUAUAUUGUGUCCCGAAAGUGUUGUUAGUACCUUACAAGAGAUAUAUAAAAAUCAUUUUUCACGUAAUAAACUUUUCAAAGUUGUAUUAACUAAAUCUAUUCUACAGGACGUGCUAACUAACGAGGAUCAAAACAGGAUCAUAGAAGAGACACAUCAGAGAGCACAUCGAGGGGCAGAUGAGAACUAUGCGAAAUUCAAAAUAUGUUGGUUCUUGUUCAUCAGCCUAUUGGGUAUAACAAAUUCAUCCCAAUUACACAUACAAAAUCUGUACGAAAAUCCCCUAUUGAUAACCAGCGAGAAAUUGUGUAGGGUGCAGACAGGGAAUAUUAAGAUCAUCCAUCCGAUUGAUAUGUAUGAAAUAGAACAAACUGUUAAUUUAUUAACAAGCUUAUCUUACACAAAGUUGGAAGAAAAAAAUCCAUUAACAAACAUUAUAAAAUAUAGGAUAAAAAAAUUGUACACAAGUUUCUAUCACAUCAAACCGCAGAAUCAUAGUAGACAGAAACGAUGGGACAGCUUAGGAUAUGGGUGGAAGUGGAUCGCAGGAUCACCGGACGCUCAGGAUUUGCGAAUAAUUAACUCAACAAUGAACGACCUUAUUGAACAAAACAACCAGCAAUAUCAAGUUAACGUCCAGAUCAAUGAACGAAUCAAAUCACUAACGAAUGCAGUAAAUCAAAUUACAUCUAAUCUACACACAGUAAAGAUCAUUUUGGAUGAAUUGAAGGUGAUCACUAUUAUUUUGAACAUCGACAUAAUAAACACCCUGUUGGAAGACAUUCAAGAAGCAAUUAUUUUAUCAAAAACAUCAGCGAUUAACGGACGAAUGCUCUCUAUCCAUGAAAUAUCCGUGAUAAGAACCCUGCUCCAAAAUCAAGGCAUAGAAAUACAGUUACCUGACGAAGCUCUUCAAUUUGUAACACCCAAGAUAGUCGUCAACAAAGAGAUGCUGUUAUACAUCUUGAGUGUACCUCAGCUACAAAACAGAACGUCUACUGUCAUUAGAAUUUAUCCAUUGGUACAAAGAAACCAGAUGAUACGAAAUACUCCAACGCACCUUAUAAAAAACGAGAAUACCCUUUAUACCACCACGAAUCCUGAAGAUUAUGUACAAAGGUCAUCGAAUUUAAAGGAAUUUACAGAUAAAUGCGUUGUUUCACUGAUUUUCGGUAGGAAAACAGAAUGUGUUUCCGAGACACAAAAUAAAACUCUACAAAACCUCAUUUCUGAAAACAACCUUCUCAUUCGCAAAGCAAAAAAUCAAACUUUAAUAUCAACAUGUGGACCAGAUAAUCGAACAUUGGAAGGAAACUUUCUAAUCAACUUCGACAACUGCACAAUAUUCUUCAAUGAAGAAAAAUUUUACAGCAGUGAAUAUACUGCCAAGCUAGAUAUAAUCCAGGGAGCAAUGCAUAAUGUCAAAGUAUACUGGAAACUUCAGAAAAUUUACGAUAUCGCACACGUAAAUAAUCAAACUAUCAGCAACAGAGAAACAUUGAAACAUGUCUACCUCAGGCAAAACGAACUUGACUUGAAACUUUGGGGAAUCUUCGGAGGAUUGUCAACCGUCUCCAUGAUCAUUGUUGCUUAUAGCAGCGUCAUCGUAUUCAGGACCUACAACCUUUGUUUUUGGAUGAGAGCAGGAAAACGUCGUAUAAAAACUCAACGAGAUUCCGAAAAGGGACUUUCGGAAGUAGAAGAGGGAGCAGUUACAAAAGGAUCACCCACAAUACUUAUCGAGCAUCCCGAUAUCAACAACACAACAACAACAAGCGAUCGCUCCACGCCACACGAUGUGAACCAAAGUGUCAUCGAACGAACGAGCGUUGACACACAUUCUAACAAGCUGACCACGCACCAACAACGACACCCAGAAUGCACGCAAUAA